UACACAAAUGCUAGACAUCCUAAUGGCGCAUGGGUAAAGAUGACCAGCUUAAUAAAGGAUUACCUGACAGUUAAACGUAAUGAUGGUUUCUUUAUACUUAAGGAUGAAACACGUGUACUCUCAAUAGACGAACAUGAGAACUGCCUUAAAUAUGACAAAGAUGUUAUAUUUUUAAAUGAUGAAUUCUUUUGCAAUGAGAUAGUACAUGUAUUUGAUCUUGAAACGACUGUUUUUACCCAAGGUAAUGAUCCUGUGCCACUGGGAGUGAUUUGCCUGCUUGAUACCGGAACCAAUACACUACUUCGAUAUGAAUCGGAAGAGAAAAUCAAAGAAAGAAUAUGGAAGAUGGUGAACGACAUAACAAAGUUUCAAAAAGUUGACCCUGAGACUAUAAGGACUAUGGUAAAAUUUUCUGAGAAAAAUUACGAGGAAAUGGUCAAGGGUGAACAUGAGGCAAUUCUGUUUGCAAAGAUACAGGAUAACAUCAAACCACAUGUGAUCAUUGGCCAUAAUUCAAAUGGAUUUGAUACGCCAUUCAUCAUGCGAAGGUUGGAAUGGCUUGGUAGUACAAUGAUGGAAGAAUUUUAUAGGAUAGCACCGGGUGAAGAUGCGAUAGAAUAUACUUAUAUCAAGUUUGAUGGAACACUAUUCUGGGACUCAAUGACAAUAUUUCAACACGAAUUCCCAGGCCGUCAGAGUAGUUUAAAUUACAUGCUUGAUACUCUAGAGAUCCCUUCCAAGAUCGGUUUGAGUUACAGACGUAUAGAUGAGAUUGUACUGCUUGCUAUUGAAACGGCCAAGAUUCAAGAUGAAAUAACCAAAUUAAAU